AUGGUUGAAUUUUGUCAAGUAUUGAAUCUACGUUUUUUCUCUAGAACAUCUUAUGACAAAAUCAUAAAAAAAUAUAUUAGACCUGUGGUUUACAAUGUUUGGACUUAUCACAAACAAGAUAAUUUAAAUAAUUUAAAGACAUUACCCAACAUCUGGCUUGCUGGUGAUGGCCAAUACGAUUCGCCAGGUUUUUGCGCAAAAUAUUGCAUUUAUUCGGUUAUGGAUUUAAAUAGUUCUAAAAUAAUUGAUUUUCAAUUAGUCCAAAAAGGGAUGGUCACGGGUGACCUCGAAAGAGCCGCAUGCGAAAUGUUGAUACAAAAAUUUAUUGUAGAAUAUGAUUGUAAGAUUCAACUGUUUUUAUCUGACCGUCAUAGAGGUAUUCGAUAUUUUUUUCGGAUCCAACACCCCGAAAUAAAUCAUGAGUUUGACAUAUGGCACCUGUCAAAAAGUCUAAUGAAAAGAAUGAAGAUAUUAGAGAGAAAAUAUCCCGAUGUAUAUUUAUGGAAAUCAAGUAUUAAUAAUCACUUAUGGUGGUCAGCACAGACGUGCGAAGAAAAUGCCGAUUUAUUAGAAGAUAAAUUUCUUUCUAUUUUAUAUCAUAUUGCUAAUAUUCAUGAAUGGACAGACGAAAACGGUAUAACAAAACAAUGCGAACAUGAAAAACUGACGGACGAACAAGUAAAAAAUAAGCUUUGGAUACAUAUGAAAACUAGUUCCUAUGAUGCUUUAAAAAAAAUUCUAACUGCGAAGGACUUCAUUAAAGAUUUGAGACAAGCAAAACAUUUUGUGCACACCGGAAAAUUGGAAUCCUAUCACAACGUGAGGCUCAAGUAUAUGCCUAAACGUAUCCAUUUACAGUUCAAUGGUAUGUUCGUACGAUCUAUAUUAGCAAUACUCGACCAUAACAAUAAUACUAAAAAAACAUUAAUAGGAGAAAAAGUUGUAUUUUCUAAACCACUAGGACGAUUUACAAUAAAAAAUUCUUACAAUAAGACUCAAAAUAACUGGAAACGUGAUAUAAUGUCAACAAUUAUCGAAGAAGCUGAAAAAGAAAUUUCUCCACGGCCGUUUGAUGUACAAAAAGAAUGUAAUACCGACAUCCCAAAAAAUAUUUAUCGAACACCUCGCCCACCCUAUGAAGAAUUAAAAUCAAAAAGAUAUUCAAGAUUUACCUAA